AAAUGAACUUCAGUACAGGAAGAGACAUGGAGCCGAAAACAAAAUAGAAAAUAAAUUAUCAAAAAGAAAAAGCCACCGAUCAAAUUCCUUUACCCACAGGCUCAAAUCGGCACCACUCAGUGCCAUUCACACCUUCAGGAUCCAUCCAUCGAUCCGAUCCAAAAUCUUCGAAGAGGCUCAACAUGAGAAACCCAUCCACGUCAGCAUCAACGGCCACUGCGCCCACCCCCACUAAAACUCCGUGUUGCAGCAAGGUGGGGUUAAAGAGAGGCCCCUGGACGCCUGCAGAAGACGAACUUCUUUCCAACUACAUCAAAAAAGAAGGCGAAGGCCGCUGGCGAACACUCCCUAAACGGGCUGGCCUCCUACGAUGUGGCAAGAGUUGCCGCCUCCGCUGGAUGAAUUACCUCCGCCCCUCUGUUAAACGUGGCCAGAUCGCUCCCGAUGAAGAAGAUCUCAUCCUUCGCCUCCAUCGCCUUCUCGGCAACCGGUGGUCACUGAUAGCGGGGAGAAUACCGGGAAGAACGGAUAAUGAGAUAAAGAAUUAUUGGAACACUCACCUGAGUAAGAAGCUGAUAAGUCUAGGGAUAGAUCCAAGAACCCACAAGCCAUUGAAAAAUAACAGUGAUCAUCAAAAUCAAUCCUCUUCGGCUGAGGCAAACCCUAAUAAAGCAUCUUCUUCAUCCAAAGCGAAGCGCAGAACAAACCCUAAUACUAAUCCUAAUACUAAUCCUAAUCCCGUUGUUUCUUCUCAUUUGGAAGAUCAUCAUGAUGAUACUACACUGAUGAUGAUGAACACUUCUCAGCAACAUCUGCAGCUCGAUCACGAGAGCGGUCACGGCUUCAUAAGUUUGCUUAAUGGUGAAGAUGAAAACAGUGGCCAUCAUCACAAUGAAGAAGAUGAAGACAUCAAUUACUGUAGCGACGACAUUUUGUCUUCGUUUCUCAAUUCAUUGAUCAAUGAAGAUGCAUUUGCUGCUCAACACCAAGCAUUACAAUUACAACAACAACAUCAACACAAUCAGUCAACAGGAAACACUGCACAGCUUCCUGAUUCUUUAGUUUUGAAUUCGGCAUCCGCGUUUGGGCUGGGAGCCAGCCGGGAAUCUCCUAUAAUGGCGCCUUCAUUUAGCCAGAAUGAGCACAAGAGUGUCAUGAAUGAUAGCGUCGAAUAGCUGAGUCGCUGCUUCCACUGAAUCUACUGAGAUUGGAGUCGCCACUUAGAUUGAUUAUGAGAAUGAUAGGGUUUGAAUUUUUUUUGUUCAUUAUGUAUGUGUUUAUUUUGUGUUCUUGUUCCACUUAUUCAUUACAUAAUUUGCAGUGCAAGUGUGUUGUAGAAAAAUCAGAAGUGGAACAAUAUGUUUUAUCAAUCUAGAGGUGUGUGAAUGUAAUUUCAUUAUAUAAUCAAUCCAACAUUGUCAUGUUUGUAAGCCUAAAUAUAUAUAUAUCGGUUUCAUUUCCA